GGUCACGUGUUGCUGAAACAUGGCGGCGUUCACGAGCGACGCUUUGUGUACGCCGUCUGCGUUCUAUUUCGGCUAUUGUGAAGUGAUGAUACAGCUGCUGGACACGGAAAACAGCGAUCUUUUCAGAAUGUCAUCCAAUACGAAGUGAUGAACAUUGAGUGAUGGAGAUGUGCCAUGCCCUUGGAACACGAUAAAUGAACGGCAUUGGAAGUCGCGAGGUCUAACAUCGUCUGCGCAAAAUCGUGCUGUACACGACAAUGAUGUUCCCCAUAUCCAUUGGCUUGCUGUGUGUCGAAGGAUACACAAAGCUUGCGGAGGUAGGCAUAUAUCUAGGCAUGUUCCUAUUCAUUUUAUUUGUGAUCUGGAGGUGCUUGAAGAGGCCAUCGGUGUACGAAGUUGUGGCUCGAGAUAUCUCCAAGGGCCACCGGUGGUGUGCCAUGGAUAUUUUGUCUCACACAAACUAUUGCAACAUUUGUGAGAACCUAGUAGUGGAUGGGCUGUACUGUGACUCGUGUGGGGUAUGUGCGGACUACAACUGCAUCAGAGCUGCUGACAAGACUAUUCGCUGUAAAGUCUUGUCGUCGACAGGAACAAGUUUUAAACACCAUUGGGUGAGAGGGAACUUGUGCACGUCAAGCCUCUGUACCGUGUGCGACAAUCCGUGCGGUGUAGAAGCUUCUCUGUCUGACUCGCGGUGCUGCUGGUGCCAGCGUACUGUGCACGUCUCGUGCCUCGAUAAAUUGGGAGAGGUCUGCGACAUGGGACCUCACAAGAUGUUUAUCGUUCCCCCUUUCUGCGUUCGGUUACGCUUGGUUGGCUGGAAAGGAAGACGUCACCUCGUUGUGAGAGAAGUCUGCCCACCUCCCUACGAGCCUUGGAGUCCUCUCAUUGUUGUUGCCAACAGCAAGAGUGGAAACAACGAUGGUGAGGUGAUCCUGAGCGCUUUUCGGGGUAUCCUUAACCCCGCACAGGUUGUCGACUUGAACCAUCUGCCUCCAGAAUCUGGCUUGGAGUGGUGCCACCUUAUUCCGAAUCACUUAGUUCGUAUUCUUGUUGCCGGCGGCGAUGGGACUAUAAACUGGGUGCUCAGUGCCAUUGACAAGUUGAAACUUAAGCCUCCGCCACCACUCUGUGUUGUGCCACUUGGGACCGGCAAUGAUUUUGCCCGGGUAUUUGGAUGGGGAGAGGGUGCUUGUGCAUCUGACCUGGACAUCAAGGCACUUCUCUCGAGCAUACGUACUGCAAAACUCGAACACGUUGAUAGGUGGAAGAUCCAUGUGACACCACAGAGGCGGCUUGGAUUUGUUCCAUUGCCAAAGGAGCAUUUUAUGACCAACUACGCUUCUGUUGGCGUGGACGCUUUGGUGACACUAAACUUUCACAGAACAAGAGAAUCGUGGCUCUACUUCUGGAAGAACAGGCUUUUCAAUAAAUUUUUAUACUUUACAUAUGGAACGAGAGACCUGCUGGAAAAAAAAUGCAAGAACAUGCACGAAAAAGUAAAGCUGUGGCUGGACGGCGAGCUCGUUAAGUUGCCCGAGCUCGAAGCCAUUACCAUUCUCAACAUUCCUAGCUGGGGUGCAGGUGUUCAUCCUUGGCAUAUGGGCACUGGUGGACAGCUUGCUCAGCCACAGAGGUAUGACGACGGUCUACUAGAGGUGAUAGGCCUUUACUCAUCAUUCCACGUGGCUCAGCUCCAGAUUGGCAUGUCAGAACCAAUUCGUUUGGGUCAAGCAAAGGAGGUGAAGGUUGAAUUGUCUGAGAAACUCCCUGUUCAAGUGGAUGGGGAACCAUGGGAACAAGCUCCAGCUACACUGCAUUUCACGCUGUAUGGUCAGAUCCCCGUGUACAAGAACAAAGGCGAUUAACGUGGAAUGGACGCUAUAGUGCACGAUAGCUGUAACGAUAAUUGUUAUUCGUGUUACUUGUUUGCCUUGACGUUAUGUAACAGAUGUUUUUAGCAUGCACAAAGCAAUCUCAAUGUCUACAUCCUUUGUAUACUACAUAGUGAGAGUUAUUUUUCUGCAUUGUGUACAGAACCUUCUUUCUGCUUUUGUUAAUGAAGUGUUGGAAUGCGUUAUUGUGCAACGCAGAAAUGCUGGAGAUUGCAUGUCGGAUUUUUAGUCCCGGAACUACAAGAUACCUAGGCAAGUGCGCUACUGUGCUGCCCUCUUAUGUCUGGGGUACUGCGAGGCGAAAGGGUGACAAAUGUAUAAGAAUACUCCUUGUCAGAGACGAGCAGUACUCUAUGAGAAGUAGUCCACGUGAUCUUCACAGAUGGACUUUUCGUUGGAUGACAAUUAUUUUUCUCGAACUAUUUAUCAUUCACAGAAAAAAUUUGUGACAUUUGGUUCCACCUAUAGUGGUUUUCAUGUCUAUGUUUUGUGACAACAUUGUCCGAUGCAGUUUGCUUUUCUGCACUACUUCACUUCAUGUGACAAAGAUUGAGCUCACGUGUAUUAUUCACGCUCAGCAUAAACCAACUUGCUGAACAAAUCGUUUCAAGGCACAGCGAUUGAAGACUACUAGUAAUGAUUGUUUCCAAUUUUUUCAAGUUAACAUCAUUCCUGUUUGGUUUCUACCAUAUGUGGAAGGCAUGAGACCAAAACGAGUUUGACAUAUUUUGUUUUGUGGAUCUGAAUUUGGGUUAAGUUUCCAAAUCUGUAAAAAAUAUGCAAUGACAUCAUUUUUGUUGUUUGUACCAUUUUCACUAAUGGGCAUUUCUGUAUUCGAGGUCACACUAUCACACAGACUACUACUUUUACCCUCAUGUGUGUUGGGAGGAAAAAUCUAUACAGCCAACCUGAUAUAUUUGUACUGUGCUUUCAAUAGAGCAAAAAUACCUGAGGCAUUUACUAGCUCAAUAUAUUUAAUACUAUAUAUUUACUGGAUAUGAGGAUGUAACCCUAAUCUAAAGGUCAUAAAAUGAAAUUACAGAAUAUUGCGACACUAUGUAUUUUUCAGGUUUGCGUAAUUGCUGCCAGUCUCUUUUUACACACUGGUUCACCGUGUGUGCAAGCAUGUACUCACGCAUCUCAUUGCUUUUAUAACCUACGCAAUAUAUGUGAGCGCAAUGCACACAAACACGUGCUCUAAAAUACUCUAGUCAUUUCCAGUGGUAUGUCCACGGGUGAUAUUUUGUGUUCAGCACAUGCACAUUUUAUCAGCUUGUUUAUGGAACAAUUUUCUGCCAGCAAUAAAGAGAUACGUACUUGAA